UACUUAUGAACUCCGCUGUGACCAAAAAAAGGAGAAAUAAAACACAAAGAGAAAACUGAUAUUUAAAAAAACUGUAGGUAGAAUUGACCUCUGGAAGUGAAAAAACCAGCACCAAUAUAAACUUUUGUACCUGGACUACCUUAUCUGAAGUACUGCUCUGAGGAAAAAGAGUCACCUGUCAAGAAUGGACCACUCGGCAUUGAUAUUGGGAACCUUGAUUCCAACGGCUGCUGCUGAGCCACAGGGAAAUCUCACUGCUGAACUUUACAUGGCAGGAGGUGGCGAAAACCAGUUUCCAUCCCAUGACUUGAGCUACCAGGACAAGCAGCAAUGCUUUAAUUAUGCCAAUGGCUCUUUUAAGGAUGAUGAGCGACUUGAGCAGAUACAGUUUGUGAUGUUUGGAAUAAUCUUGCACAUCAUUUGCAUAUUUGGAGUUGUUGGCAACCUUGUUUCGUUCUUUGUCCUCAGCAGAAAAGAAAUGCGCUCCUCUUCCUCCUGCUAUCUUAUGGCUUUAAUGAUAUUCAAUACAGUUGUCCUACUGACUGCAUAUUCCAAUGAUGUUAUGACAGGUAUUGGAGUGGGAAGCAUGUAUGGCGCUGUUUCCAACUAUAUCCUGACAUUUGGUUCAGCUGUUGGUCAGUGGUGUUCCGACUGCAGCACUUGGUUGACCAUUGCCCUCACUGUAGAACGCUACAUAUUUGUCUGUCACACUUUUCAAGCUUCAACAAUGUGUACCAUGCGCCGAGCCAUCAUAGUUAUUGUGUUUUUGUCUAUUGGGAUGUUUCUUUAUGAUAUCCCAUGGUUUCUGCGGCAAGAAGUGAGAAGUGUCACUUGUCCAUUUAACGAUGAGCCUAUCACAUACAUUGUGAUGCGUUCUGAAAAGCAUCGCCCUUCAGAUAUGUACUAUAAUAUACAGCUUUUGUAUAUUAUGCCUGCCUUAUUUCUCAUUGUGCCCAUAUUUGUUUUGACAGCGUUCACAGUAAUCUUGUUACUUGAGGUGCGAAAGUCAAAUAAGCUACGCCAACAGAUGUCUACCACACAGACUGCUGAGAUCAAUGUCACAGUUGUUCUCAUCAGUGUUGUUGUGGUUUUUCUUAUUUGCACCCUACCAAAUUGUAUUUUUGCCAUUACUCGCACUGUUAAAAAAAUUGAAAAAGCAGACGACCCAUAUUUCGACAUUUACUUCACUUUCACUGGAAGAGUCUGUUUUAUUGUAGCAAAUGUGUUCUUUUAUUCAAAUUCAGCUCUAAAUUUCUUGAUUUUUUGUACAGUUGGUCAAAAAUUUAGAAAAACAUUCAAGCGUAUAUUUCUUCGACGCUGCAAGUUCUUGACAACGGAAGUGGUUCGUUACAGCAGUGUGAGUGUUGGCUCGAGAACUGGUUCAACCAGGGCAAGCUUUUAUCAGACUGAGACAAACAUAUAGUCAGGUGACAAGUUCUAUAGUUAUUGGAAAUGCAAGAGAGACUGAUUUUUUAAAUGAAAGUACUAUCAUUUCAAUAUUUAUAAACAUGAUUUAUAAGUUGCAUUGAUACUAUCAUUUUGAUUUUGACAACAUAUAUGACCUGAUUCUUUUAGAGUUAAAAAGGGUCAUUUGCCCAUGAAUUGAUGUGUUUUAAUCAGUUUAUAAAAGUACAAUUAAUGAGAUUUGAUCUAUAUUCAGGUAGCAGAAUAUCUGUGGAUUUUUUGUUUCAAGGCAACAGUUUCUGAACAUGAAAAGGUUAAAUUAACCAAAGCAGAGCAGGAAAUGUAACUUUUGAUGCUAUUGAUUUUGCAGCUCAUGCAAAAAUGGACAAAAAAUUCAAAUUUCUUUAAAACUAACAUCAGUUGUGGUAAAUCGAUUUCCCAGGACGUCACAGUUGGUAGAAUGAUCCAACAAAAACGUCAUAUUACAGGAAAGACAAGGUACUAGAAACUAGAUUACAGAAUGGAGUUCAGGUUCUAUUAAGAUCUAUAUUUGUUACUGAAUAUAGCAGAAUUCUAAAUUUAAAGGUGCUUCAGAAUUUUUUGUAACAUGUUGAUGGUGUUAUCACCCAUUUACUACGUUGUGGGUAAUUUUUACGGUAAUCGUUAUUUCGAUUAGAGCAAAAUGCUUAAUGUACUUUGUAUACAUGUAACAUAAUUUAUACCACUGCUCAAGCAAGAAACAAUGGGUCACACCAUGACCUGUUCCAAGCAGAGUCGUGGCACACAUGGUUGAGUAUUGAUUCCAUUUCUAAUUGGUUUUAAAUCUGAUAAAGCUCUCGUGCUGAAGCUUAGAUUUAUGUAAAAUGGAGGAGUAUCCAAUUAUUUCCACUAUUUUACUUAAAACUUUGCGAUCUUUAUCUUUCAUGUUAUUGUCACUGCAGAAGUGGUCAAAAUAUCACAGCUGUUCAUUAAUGACAUGUUUCAAAUAUGUAUCACGAGGCACUUGUGCUUUUUUUUAAUGUGCAAGUGACGUGAAAUUGAAUUUUAAUUUAAAUAUUUAUUAGGUAGGUCUGUAUUUUACAUGAUUUGCCAGUGUAACGGUUGUAUUUUAAGCUACUUUGGCUGAAUGUACUUUUUAUGUAAGACUAUAGUAAAAUAAUUAAGUCUGAUAUUGUUUGAUAAGUUGGUGUGGCAGUAGAUUGUAAUUUUUGUCGAUCUAUUUAGUUUCUAUGUUUGCUUGUUUGAACUUUUCACCUAAAAAAUAAAUAGUUAUGUUUAUCAUGAUCCUACCUGUUUAUUGUGAUUCUCACAAUAAGUA